GUCGUCUUCCUCCACUGGCCGACGGCUGCUCCAAUUUUUCUCAGUCCACCUUUCUCUCUCUCUCUCUCUAGAUCACAAUACACUUUCUCUAUUCCCUCCUCUUCUCUCUCUCUCUCUCUAUCCAUACAGAUACAUACGCGCGUUUUUACACUGGGAGACGAAUUGACAGUAGCGCAUUUUUUAUGUGGGUUUGGAGGCUCGAUCUUUGAAGGGAAGACCUGUGUGGAAACGUUGGAUCGAGAAGAAAUUGGGAGCCGCCUCUGAGCUGGAUCGGAUCUGAGCGUCCGGGGGAGAUGGCGUUGUCUGGCAUGAGGGGUCUGUCGGUGUUCAUAAGCGACAUUCGCAAUUGCCAGAACAAAGAGCAGGAGCGUCUCCGCGUCGACAAGGAGCUCGGGAAUAUCCGUACUCGAUUCAAGAACGAAAAGGGUUUGACACCUUAUGAGAAAAAGAAAUAUGUUUGGAAAAUGCUUUACAUAUUUAUGCUUGGUUAUGAUGUGGAUUUUGGUCAUAUGGAAGCUGUUUCUCUAAUAUCUGCUCCGAAGUAUCCUGAGAAGCAGGUUGGUUACAUAGUCACAUCAUGUUUGCUCAAUGAGAAUCACGACUUCUUGCGAUUAGCAAUUAAUACUGUGCGGAAUGACAUAAUUGGACGCAAUGAGACAUUUCAGUGUCUAGCACUAACAUUGGUUGGAAACAUAGGUGGAAGAGAGUUUGCUGAGUCUCUGGCACCUGAUGUCCAAAGGCUGCUGAUUUCAAGUAGUUGCCGGCCACUUGUAAGGAAGAAAGCUGGAUUGUGUCUCCUACGCCUAUUUAGAAAAAAUCCUGAUGUUGUGAAUGUAGAUGGAUGGUCAGAUCGAAUGGCACAACUAUUGGAUGAACGCGAUUUGGGUGUCUUAACGUCAUCCAUGAGUCUACUGGUUGCUUUAGUAUCAAAUAACCAUGAAGCAUAUUGGAAUUGUCUUCCAAAGUGCGUUAAGAUAUUGGAAAGACUUGCCAGGAAUCAAGAUGUUCCUCAAGAAUAUACUUAUUAUGGAAUUCCAUCUCCUUGGCUUCAGGUGAAGACAAUGAGAGCUCUUCAAUACUUUCCGACUAUAGAAGAUCCAAACACUCGGAGAUCAUUGUUUGAGGUUUUACAACGGAUACUAAUGGGAACUGAUGUUGUGAAGAAUGUGAACAAGAACAAUGCCUCACAUGCAGUUCUCUUUGAAGCUCUUGCUCUUGUCAUGCAUCUGGAUGCAGAAAAAGAAAUGAUGUCUCAAUGUGUUGCAUUGCUUGGAAAAUUUAUUGCUGUUCGUGAACCAAAUAUUCGAUAUCUUGGUUUGGAAAAUAUGACUCGGAUGCUCAUGGUUACAGAUGUACAGGACAUUAUCAAAAGACACCAACCACAGAUUAUUACAUCACUGAAGGAUCCUGAUAUCAGUAUUAGAAGACGUGCUCUUGAUUUGCUAUAUGGAAUGUGCGAUGUUUCUAAUGCAAAGGACAUAGUUGAAGAAUUAUUACAGUAUCUCAGUACAGCAGAGUUUGCAAUGCGCGAGGAGCUGUCACUAAAGAUUGCAAUUCUUGCAGAGAAGUUUGCCCCUGAUUUGUCAUGGUAUGUUGAUGUGAUCCUUCAAUUGAUUGACAAGGCUGGAGAGUUUGUCAGUGAUGACAUAUGGUUCCGUGUUGUGCAGUUUGUUACAAACAAUGAGGAUCUACAGCCUUAUGCAGCUUUGAAAGCAAAAGAGUAUCUUGAUAAGCCUGCUAUUCACGAGACAAUGGUCAGGGUGAGUGCAUACGUCCUUGGAGAGUACAGUCAUCUUCUGUCAAGACGGCCUGGGUGUAGUCCAAAGGAAAUCUUUAGUGUGAUACAUGAGAAGCUUCCUGCUGUUUCGACUUCAACAAUUCCUAUUCUCCUUUCAACAUAUGCUAAGAUUUUGAUGCACACCCAACCAGCAGAUCCAGAGCUACAGAAUCAAAUUUGGGCAAUCUUCAGAAAAUAUGAAAGCUGCAUUGAUGUUGAAAUACAGCAACGGGCUGUAGAAUACUUUGAGCUGAGUAAAAAAGGUGCAGUUAUGAUGGAUGUAUUAGCUGAAAUGCCAAAGUUCCCUGAACGACAGUCUGCGCUGAUAAAAAAGGCUGAGGACUCUGAGGCUGAUACUGCUGAGCAAAGCGCUAUCAAGUUGCGUGCACAGCAGCAACAGCCUUCUAAUGCACUGGUAGUGACUGACCAACGGCCAGCUAAUGGAAGUCCACCUGUUAGCCAGCUAGGUCUUGUAAAAAUUCCAAGCGUGAGCAAUCAUGAACAGGACCAUAACUCAGUAGACCAAGGGAUUACACAGGCAAAUGGGACUUUGACUGUAGUUGAUCCUCAACCCCCUUCAGCGCCUUCUCCUGAUCUUCUUGGAGAUCUUUUAGGUACUCUGGCUAUUGAAGGCCAUCCUGGUGAUGUCCAAGGUGAGAAGCAUUUGGUCUCUGGUGUUAAAGGUGAUUCAAAUGUGGAGGAGGCUUUAGCACUUGCACCAGUUGAAGAGCAGACAAAUACUGUGCAGCCAAUUGGAAAUAUCACAGAAAGGUUUCAAGCUUUAUGUCUCAAGGAUAGUGGUGUAUUAUAUGAAGAUCCUUAUAUUCAGAUUGGUAUAAAAGCUGAGUGGCGAGUGCAUCAGGGACGGCUUGUCCUCUUUUUGGGGAACAAGAAUACUUCUCCACUCACAUCAGUUCAAGCUAUAAUAUUGCCUCCAUCACAUCUAAAAAUGGAACUGUCAUUAGUACCAGAGACUAUUCCUCCACGUGCACAGGUUCAAUGUCCACUUGAAGUGGUCAACCUCCGUCCAAGCAGGGAUGUAGCUGUUCUUGAUUUCUCUUACAAGUUUGGGACACAUAUGGUCAAUGUUAAACUUCGGCUUCCAGCUGUCUUGAAUAAGUUUCUUCAGCCUAUACCUGUUUCCGCCGAAGAAUUUUUUCCACAAUGGAGAUCACUAUCUGGACCACCAUUGAAGCUCCAAGAAGUGGUUAGAGGUGUAAGACCAAUGUUACUUGCGGAAAUGGCAAACUUAUUUAACAGUUUCCGAUUGAUGGUUUGUCCGGGUCUUGAUCCUAAUACAAAUAAUUUGGUUGCUAGCACAACUUUUUAUUCAGAGAGUACAAGAGCCAUGUUGUGUUUGAUACGAAUAGAAACAGAUCCAGCAGAUAGAACUCAGUUGCGCAUGACAGUUGCUUCUGGGGAUCCUACGCUAACUUUUGAGUUGAAGGAGUAUAUUAAGGAACAAUUAGUUGCCCUUCCUACGGCAGCUGCCAGGCCUGCCACACAAGUGCCUCCUCCGCAACCUCAGCCAGCUAGCCAACCUACGUCAGAAUCAGAUCCCGGUGCUUUGCUUGCCGGUUUGCUCUAA